UGCGCAGAUGCAAGGAUGUUGAUUUUAUUGUAUUAAAAAACAAAUGUGUGCGUGAAAAGCUGUUUUUCCUUUGAUGAAACCUGUCGCGAGUGAGAUCGACAGGGGUUUCAAGGUCAACUUACUUCAUGUGUGAAACUACAGCGACUGGAUUCUCCUAAAGUGAGGGGCGAUGGAGGACUGUCUGCACACCUCGUCUGAUAACUUGUGUAAGCUGGUCAAGUGGGCUCACAGCCACGGCACCAUCUGCACGCUGAUCCCGAACCUCAAGCACCUGCUGAGCGAGGGUUCCCAUGGCAACCUGACGGCGCUGUGGGGCUGCGGUGCAGGACACGCCUACCACUGGCCCCUGGCCGCCACCUGCAAGACCGUCGCCAAGGAAACGCGAUGUUACCCCGACGACAGACGUGGGUCCGGCAUCACCACGGGCAACGUGGGCGUCGGUCACCUCCGCGACCGAGAUCGCUUCCUGACGUCGUCGUCACGCGGCAAGGCGAAGAGCGGCGAGCGCGUGGCGGUGCGUUCCUCGGGGGACCUGUGCGACUUCUCCAACGGCAGCGAGCCGUCGGAGGCCGACGAGACGACGGAGGACUACAGCAGAGAGGAGUAUAACAGCAGCCUGUUCGACAUCGUGUGCGAAUCAUCAGCUACCGACGAGGACGGAGACUCAUCCGACCCGCAGCAGCAGCAGCAGCAGCAGCAGCAGCAGCACUGUGGAUCACUCACCCCCUCCAGUGGUCAGCAACAGAACUGCGGUGCAUUACCGCCCUCUGGUGGUGGCACACAGCAGCAGGCGCUACGCAAGAGGAGUCCAGCAGGGGGCGCGCUAGAGGAGCGAGCAGCGUCCGGAGACCCCGCCCACAAGAAGAUAAAGCAGGAAGGGGGGUCGGAGGACUACUACAGCCUGGCCAAUCAGCUGGCCGGGUCAGAGACAGCAGCAGCCAAUCAGCUGGCCAGCCCAGACGGAGGUCCCUCCCCCAGCAGCAGCAGCAGUGCUCCUCGACCAACCAGCUCGCACACGCACACGCGGCCCUCCUCAUUGGACAGAGAUUCCCUGGGGGCAUCGCCGCACCUCCAGCCCGCCUCCCGUCCCCUGCGGGGCUCUAAAGGGUUAACGCCCGGCUCCAGCUCGGCCCCGCCCCCCAAGAGCGAGCUGGAGGAGCGGUUGCCUGGCGACGAGCUGCUGAGAGCUGAUUGGUCGGAGCCAACGGCUGAGGAGUUAGCGAAGGCAGCAGGAGCGUAUUCAGACCAUGCAGACGCAGAACUGACGACGUCACAGACAUCACACGGCCAGAACUCCAGAGCAGAGGCUGCCGGGUGCUUGGCGGAGGAAUCUGAGGGUCCCGCUGCGUCACUUCAGGAGUUUGUUGCCACCAUAGAUCCCGACAUGCUGAGGGGUUUGCAGGCCGUGAUUGGUCAGAUCCUGGCGUUCCGAGCACAGCCGCAGCCUCCCAUUGGCUCCCAGAGAGUGAAGCGCCACCGCCGCGCUCCCAUUGGGCGUCACCGCCCCCCGCAGGCCCCGCCCACCCUGGGCCAGAUCAAAGAAGAGCUCCCCCCUGAGGCGGUACAGGAGCACCUGGGACAGGAGUGUAUUCCCGGGCCAGGACAACCGGAGCUUUAUCUGGACCACAGUGUCCCCGGAGCGGGUCCGGUUCUGCCAGAGCUGUUACCGGGUCACGGUGCACCAGGUCUAGUUCGGCAGGAUCUUUACCCGGGUCACGGUGUGCCAGGUCCGGGUCGGCAGGAGUUGUUUCCGGGCUGCGGCGUGUUCAUUCCCGGCGUUCACCUGGCGGCCAUGCUGCAGGAGGCGCGACAGGACUGCAUGCGGCUAUUCCACCAGCUGUUUGAGCACUUCUUCAGUGAGGAGGACCUUUUGGGCGCGGUGGCGUUUGGGAAGAGGGGCAAAGUGCCCAACGGGAAGAAGGUGCUGGACCGCACCGUAGUGGACGCCAUCAUCACGUACGUGCUGCGCUGUUCCACGGUGGACGGCUGGACGUCAGUGGAUUCCUCCAAGCUGAAGAAGGCCUGUAUCAACAAGUGCCGGAUGCGUAUGGGGCAGAGGAGGCGACUGGGGCAACAGAUGACAUUCUACAGCCCAGAGAACUACAUGACAGCAGACCACUACAACACAGAAGAGGAGAGCCCCAUGAUGUCAGACCACUAUAUGCCGUCGACGGCACUGGAGAUUGAGCGUCUGCGAGCGCAGCUGGCGGCGGAGCGCAGUAAAGCGGCGUUGCUAGGGGAGACCAUCACGUCUUUACAGCAGGACAAGCAGCUGCUGCAGCAGGAACUCACCAAGAAGGCGGAGCUAAUAUGCGACUUCCUGCAAGACCAGCUGAGGCCAGAGAAGAGAAGGGCGCAUUCCUCCAAUCAAAUGGAGGCAGGAAGCUCUCAGCAGCCAAUGGCUGUCUACGUAGAGGAGGGCGGGCAUAUGGAGUCUCCCGCCCUCUUCGACUCCUUUGAGGACGUGGAGUUCCUUCCUGUGGAGCGACAGCGAAUCAAAAUCUCCAAACGCAGCCGAGAGGGAGAGAACACGCGAGUACGCAUGAAGAACGUGGUGGGUGUGAUAGCGCGCUACAUGGCGGCAUUGCAGGAGUUCCGUCGUAGCGUCUCGAUGAAAGUCGCCUUCGACCGGAUCGGAGUCGACCGGAACACCAUCUCCAGAACCGCCGCCAUCGCAGAACUCAGCCUGGCCGCACCGGAGGUCAUCAACAUGGACCUCAAGCUGGACGAGCGUUUGCUUGAGGAUCGCCUGUUUGAGGAGCGGUUCGGGUUCGAGAGCUGUCGCGAGCAGAACGAGAAGACCAUACGCAGCACCCAGACAGCCAUACGCAACUUCAGAGACUUCCUCACUGCCAGGUACCCGUCGGAGUCCAGGGAGAUGUUCUGUAUUCCCCCUCCUCAGCUGGACGUCUACCUGGCCUCCUUCUUCGUGUCGGCACGACAGAAAGACGGAUCAGAGUACGAACCCAACAGCCUUGCCAACUACCAGUGUGGUCUGGAGCGCCACCUAAAGGAGAACCGCUAUCACUACAGCAUCACGCGCGACCCGGAGUUUAGACGCUCACAAGAGGCGCUCAAGAGGAAACAACUGGAACUGAAGGUUAAGGGGAAGGGUAAUAAGCCUCAUAAGGCGCUAAAGCUGACGACUUCUGAUGAACUGCAGCUGAGGAAGAGAGGACUACUCAGCAGACACAACCCAGAGGGUCUCCUCAACCUGGUUUGGCUCAACACCACGCGGGCGUUUGGCCACUGCACAGGGUUCCACAGCGCAGCGCUGCGUUGGGGCGACAUCCGGCUCACAUGCCCGGAGGCGGGGUUAGAAUGUCUGGAAUGGACCUAUCAGGAGCCUGGCGACGGCAUCAGAGCACCGCGCCGUGCCGGAACGGAAUGCAGAAUCUAUGCCACGCCGACACACCCACACACAUGCCCCGUACAGGACUAUCGUGAGUACGCCCAGCGUCGACCCCAGGCCAUGCUGCAUAGCUCCGCCCCUUUCUACCUGUCAAUCAAACCGGUCGUCAACUUGGCUGCGCUCCAUUGGUUCAACUGCUCAGCACUCGGGAAGAACAAACUGGCCAAGAUGGUCAAGGUGAUGUGUGAGAAGGGGGGCAUCCCGGGUCGCCACACCAACUUCAGUGUGUACCAGAGCUGCAGUGCCGUGUCUGAACACCAGGGCGGCGGCAGCAUGCAGGAGGAGCACCACCACCACCAGCACCACCACCAUCUGGAGCAGGCAUUGUCCGGGCAACAACACCACCACCACCACGAUCUCCAUGACAACCACCUCAGCCAGCCGCCCCCCACUCACCACGACAACCACCUUGGACACCACCACCACCACUCCGCUGAUGAUUUUGUCAUCGCCGAUGCGUUCGACCCCGAUGACACCAUGUAGCCGUGGCAACACCACCACACGCUGCAGGGUCACCAACUUACUGUAAA